GCCCAUAGUCUGAUCUGAAAGUCUGUAGGUGAGGAGACGGUUUCACCUCCUUCCAUCACUGCUACUGGAGGGAGGCGCGCGCGCAUGUGUGUGUGAGUGAGAGUGUGUGAGCGCACAGACAGACACGAACAGGGCGCCGCUGCUGGUGGUUUGUUGUGAUUUUUUUUCCCUCUCUGGACCCUUGAAACUCCUUUUUUUUAUUAUUAGUAUUAUACUUAUUAUAAUUUAUUGCAACAUCGAAUAACAAUGCAGUUAGAGAACAUCCUUCCCAGCGCGAGCAUCAAUCUACCCAAAACCUUUUACAACCUCUCGUCGUCGGACAGUGUGAACAACAGCCCGAGGCCGGCAUCGUCGCAACUUGACUACCAAGAGGUCGAGCGCACGGAAUCUGAGUCGAGCAGCGCUCCGAAGAAAUUCCUGAGCGCGGUGGGAAACGGGAUGCUGGGGGAGGCGGGGGACACUUUCACUAAAGCCGGGCCCGAUGGGAGGAAAGGCUCCCCGGUGCUCGGUGAGGACGAGUUAACAAGCGGUCGGCGCUACAACAUAGACGAACUUGGCUCUGACAGAUACUUCAUCUCGUCGUCCCAGGCGAGUACCGACAUGGCGAGUCCCUGUUCCCUCUUUCCCUAUGCAGGACAGAGCGGCUCCGUGUACACAGGCUCCAGCAGCUCCAGAUACCCGGCUUCUCUUCACUACGGAUCCGUCCUGCCGCCCACAGGCUUCUCCUCCUCGUCAGUGUGCGCCGGCCGGAGCCAGUUUAGCAGCGGAGGUUACCAGUUCAGCCAGGGUCCCGGCUGCUUGUACCCCUCCUAUCCCGGGACGGGGACCGGCAUCGGCUCCAUGUCUCUGCCGGGGUCUGCCGCCGGAGCCAGGGCGCAGGUGUACCUGUGCAAUCGGCCUCUGUGGCUGAAGUUCCACCGGCACCAGACCGAGAUGAUCAUCACCAAACAGGGCAGACGGAUGUUUCCAUUCCUCAGUUUCAACAUCACUGGACUGAACCUCACGGCACAUUACAACGUCUUUGUAGAAGUCAUUUUGGCUGAUCCGAAUCACUGGCGCUUUCAGGGAGGAAAGUGGGUCACAUGUGGGAAAGCAGACAAUAAUAUGCAAGGCAACAAGAUGUACGUUCACCCUGAAUCCCCAAACACUGGUGCUCACUGGAUGAGGCAAGAAAUCUCUUUUGGCAAGUUGAAGCUGACCAACAAUAAAGGAGCAAACAACAACAACACACAGAUGAUAGUCUUGCAGUCACUUCACAAGUACCAACCGCGACUGCACAUCGUAGAGGUGACGGAGGACGGAGUGGAGGACAUGAGCAAUGAGGCCAGAACUCAAACCUUCACCUUCCCAGAGAACCAGUUUAUAGCCGUCACUGCUUACCAGAACACAGACAUCACACAGCUGAAGAUAGAUCACAACCCAUUUGCAAAAGGCUUCCGGGACAAUUAUGACUCGAUGUACACAGCCCCAGAGAGUGACAGGUUGACUCCAUCCCCUACAGAUUCUCCUCGCUCCACCCAAAUUGUGCCUGGGGCCCGCUAUGCCAUGCAGCCUUUCUUUCAGGACCAGUUUGUCAACAACCUGCCUCAGAACCGCUUCUACACGGGCGAACGGGCCGUUCCUCAAACCAACAGCCUCCUCUCCCCGCAGAGUGAGGACGCCAGCGCCGCCGCCUCUGCCCAACGCUGGUUCGUGCCCCCCGUCCAGCAGCCAGGCUCCAACAAGCUGGAUCUGUCCUAUGACAAUGACUAUUCCACCAGUAGCCUACUGUCCUACGGCAUAAAGCCCCUGUCCCUGCAGACGUCCCACGCCCUCAGUUACUACCCAGACUCGGCCUUCGCCUCCAUGGCUGCUGGUUGGGGCACGAGAAGCACUUACCAGCGGAAGAUGACCACAGGUUUGCCCUGGUCCCCUCGUCCGAGCCCCCCAGCCUUCCCCGAGGACCAGCUGGGGGCCACUAAAGACAAGCUCCCCGACGAGAGCGCACCGACGGCUUCGACCUGGAUCGAGACAUCCCAGUCGCUGAAAUCAGUGGACUCUAGUGAUUCUGGUGUUUACUCCAUGGUCUGCAAGAGGCGCAGGAUGUCUCCUGGGGGCUCAAGCACAGAAAACUCCCCGACCAUCAAGUGUGAGGACUUGACUACGGAGGAGUACAAGGACAACCCAAAAGGCAUGGGUUAUUAUGCAUUCUACACAAGCCCCUAAGACUGUAUUUAUUGAAACGAUAUAUAACUCUUUUAUUUACCGAGUGCUCUCAUACCUUGUUAAUGUCUUUUUUCUCUUUUCUCUAAAGGUGCCAAAGCUUAGUGUUCCCCCCCAAGCAAGCUGCACAAGGUUAUUUUCCCAGGCCAGUCCCUCUCACAUACCUGAACAUGCAUAGUGAUCGUUGUUUUUGAAAAAAAAAAGCAUGUCCCUUUUUAUUGAUUUAUUUUUACAA